AUGAAAUAUCAGCUCAGUCUCGCAGGGCUGCUCGCCCUUGCCCAAACCACGGUUGCCCAGUGCAGCGGCACCUUUGAGGACAUGACAGCUGAGGACUUUAUGGCGGCUUCAAACCCAGCGUGGAACCUAGGGAAUACUCUCGACGCCAUCCCCGACGAAGGCUCCUGGAAUAACCCCCCUGUCGUCGCCGCGACCUUUGACGCCGUCAAGGCAGCCGGUUUCAAGAGCGUGCGCAUCCCCGUCACGUACACGCACCACUUUGUGAGCGAGGCGCCUGAUUACGAGGUUGAUCCGCAAUGGCUGCAGCGCGUGUCAGAUGUGAUUGACUUUGCAUUGGAGCGGGACCUUCUUGUUGUCACAAACGUCCACCACGACAGCUGGGAGUGGGCGGAUGUGAGUAUGCCAAAUGCGGACGUCGAGGCAAUCCAAGCCAAGUUCCGGGCAUUGUGGGUGCAGAUCGGCGAGAAGCUCGCUUGCAAGCCAUCAUCUGUGGCCUUUGAGAGCAUCAAUGAGCCGCCGGCUCAGACCGCCGAGGAUGGUGCCCACGUCAACGAGUUCAACACCAUCUUCCUUGACGCUCUCUCGGAGACGGGCGACUGGAAUACCCGUCGUGUGGUCACCUUUGCCGGCGGCAACAAUGACGCUACAAAGACCUCGCAGUGGUUUGAGCCUCCUGCCGAGGUACCCAACCCCUGGGCUCUUCAGAUUCACUACUACAGCCCGUACGACUUUGUCUUUUCUGCUUGGGGCAGGACUACCUGGGGGAGCACGGAAGACAGGGCUGCCGUGGACCGUGAAUUGGACCUUGUCAGGGGAAACUUUACAGACGUACCCAUCUACGUCGGUGAGUUUGACGCUACGCCUCGCAGCACAGAGUCCGCCGCGCGUUGGAAGUGGUUCGACCAUUUUGUGUCUGCUGCUACGGACAUUGACGCCACCGUUGCCAUCUGGGACAAUGGUCUGGACCAUCUCGACCGCGAGACUGGCAAUUUCCGUGAUGAGACUGUCGUCGACAUCAUCCGCAACGCCGCCAAUGGUGUGACCAACUCUCUGCCCGACAGCACUGUCGAUGCCUCGGCCGCUGAACAGUGGACAUCUGCCUACAUUUUCAACCAAGUUGGCGCCGCCAUCACCGAGAAGAAGCUGCCUUACCUCUUGAAAGGCAACAAUGUCGAGAGCAUCACCACGUCCGAGGGAAACAAGCUCUCUCGGGGCACAGACUUUACUGUCGGCUGCUCGUAUAUCACCUUUUCCCCGGACUUUAUCAGCACAUAUAUCACCGCUGACUCUGAGCCUGGUGUGUACGAGACCCUCACGAUCGAGUUCUCGGCCGGCGCCAGCACGACUGUCACCAUCGUCCAGUGGGAUGUGCCCAUGCUCGAGUCUACCGAGGGAACCGCUGUCACCGGUCAAGAUCUCGUCAUACCCAUUGAGUGGGCAGGCUUGGAACGUCUUGCCACGGUCAAGUUACUGGCCGAGGAUGGAACGUAUCUUGUGGAUGACUGGACACAGUACCUUGGUCCCCUGCAGCAGGCCAGGGGCACGUGGGAAGGACAGUGGAGUUUCGAGAGUGACAAUGUGAUUAUUCGAGCGGCCAUCAUUGACAAGGUAGUCAGUCUGGGACAGCCUGCCACUUUUACUUUUGAGUUCUACCCGCGCGUAGAGGACAAUGUCGUGGAGUAUGUCCUCACACCUUGA